ACCUUAGUCGGUUUAUAAAUAAACAUUUUACUUAUUUCAUUGAUUUAAAAUAUGUGCAUUAUUUAUCGCUGUUGUGAGAAAAGAUGGGUGAAAUAUUGCAAAAGUGUUUCGGUAUAGUUUUGAGUGAAAUCAAAUAGAUAUAAAGUGUUAUCAUUGUCGAUGUUGGCGACGCCGUCUUGUUUUUUGCGAUCGAGUUUACAAAAUAAACCAUGGCAGCGGAUACAGUUAAAGUGUUGGUGGUGAUUGAUCCGGUGCCCAACAUAGUCACGUGUUCAAGUACGUUCACCGCUGAGGAGUUGUGUAUAGUUUUGUGUAAGAAAUACAAAAUUCCACCUUUGACGCGUACGCUGUUUGCAUUGAAGAUCAAAGGCACGGACUAUUUCCUCAAAGAUAACAGCAAAGUUCUUUCGAGUUCACGAGAUUACGAACUGAGAAUACGGUUCAAGGUACCUAGAUUUGGCGUUUUACUAACAUUGGAUGAAAACACAUAUGACUAUUAUUUCCAACAAGCAAGGAAUGAUGUGAAUGAGAAUAAAAUACCAGAAAUUAAGUAUCCUGAACACAAACAUGAACUGCUUGGCCUUGGUAUUGCAGAUAUGACAAGAGCGAUAACAGAAGAUAAAUUACCGAUGAAUGACGUAGUUCGAAACUACAAAAAGUAUAUUCCAAAGGUCAUAAUCAAGCGUCAUGGGCCCAUACCUAAGAAACAUGCUCACCACUAUUUACCCCAGCUGUGCUCUGUUGGGCACAACGUCAAUUACAUAAAAAAUCUGUACCUGCAACAAUUAUACGGCUUAGCACCUAACUACUUGGCCGAAGAAUUUGAUAAUAUUAUUUGGCAAAACGGCAGUGACGUAGUUCCCGUGAAGGUUAUUGUGGCGCCAUUCCAUCCUCACCAGCCAGGGAUACGACUCUACAAUACUGUUAAAAGAGAGUGGUUUCACGUAUGUGCAAUAGAAGAGUUAAUAUACCUGACUAGAAAUGCAGAUAACUGUUUAGAGGUAUCUAGACGUGGCACGCCAUUGUUUUUUACAUUUAAAUCUGAGGAACAACUCUCUUCUUUUAUAUCUUUGUGUGAUGGAUAUUAUAGGUUAAUGGUAAAAUGGACGUUUAAUCUCUCCAAAGAUGAUGAGACACCAUCGCUAAAAGAGUUGCAAAGGAUAAAAUGCCACGGCCCUGUUGGCGGUGCGUUUUCCUAUCGAAAACUGGAAGAGAAACGCGCCAAAAAAUACGGAUGUUACGUUCUGAGGCAGUGCCAAGAUGACUACAACGUUUAUUAUUUAGAUGUUUGCUCAAAAAACAGUACCACAGAAACAUACAGACUUGAGUUCAAAGGUCAUUGUUACAUAUUCAACAAAGAGGAAUACUUCAGCAUCGACAGGCUAGUCGGCUGUCAUCAGAAUCCUGAGGGUAGAAUAUUUCUUAACGAAUGUAUACCCCCUUCAGAAUAUGAUAAAUCACAACUUUUAUUAUGCGGCGAGCCGGUUAAGAAAGGUGUUCGGAUAGAUCAGGCAGAGUUGCAUGAGAUACUAAAGGACAACAAGAGUCCUAGAUGUCUUCCGAAUAAGGAUAUACUGCUGUAUACAGGUUCAGAAAAGGUCGGGUCCGAGAAUAUAACGGCUACGUACAAAGCGCUGUGGAGGCUUGAUGAGACUAAAAAGUUGUUAGUCGCAUUUAAGACUCUACAGAGGGAGCGAGCUAACGACUAUUUAAAAGAUUUCAUCGAAUUAGCAAGCAAAUGGGCGUGCGUUCAAUCCAGUUCGAUAGUGAGACUGUAUGGCGUUACUCUUAGUUCGCCAACUGCUAUGGUGCUCGAGUUUCUGCCGUAUGGACCCUUUGAUGUAUAUCUCAGGGAAAACGAAGAAAUUGUAAAACCUAUACAUUUAAAAAAAGUAGCGGCGAACUUAGCUAGAGCUUUGUGGGAUCUUUCCGAAGCCGGCGUAGUCCACGGUACCAUCCGCUGUAGGAGACUACUACUGUCGUCUCAUCAAGCAGAUCGGAUUAUCGUCAAGCUGUCUGGACCAACCCUGAGACAGUAUACGCCUUUAGACGUACAUUGGAUGCCGGUGGAAUUCUUCCCGGACAUGGGUCUGGCUAGGAGAUCGGUCGUUGGUGACAUAUGGGCAUUCGCCACCACCCUAUGGGAAGUUUUCUCUUAUGGACAUUCACCUUGCAAUACCAAUCCUGUACUAACUGCCAGGAGUUAUGAAAUGGGUGAUCGUCUGUUGCGUCCUGCGAGAUGUCCGAGCGAAGUAUGGGCGCUAAUGCGGCAGUGUUGGCAAAGCGACCCGCUACGGCCGCAAGAGAUCAUGCGAGAUAUGAACCACAUGCUACACAGAGAAUAUAUGCCACUGCACGAGUACGAGGAACCAAAGAUAUCUUUAGACCAUAUGGAACACGCAGAAACAGUUUCAAGCGAUAGGUUUAUCCCGAGCGAAAGUGAUGCCGGCAGUAACAAAUCCCUUAUUUCUAUGGACAGUAGUGCUGCUUCUAUGAAUGGUACACUCUCCGAUCAGUACGAUAACCCGUUUGCGGACAACAAAAGCUCGAAUUCAUUAGAGAGUAUGAACGCACUAACGUACGCAUUACGCAAUGAGAUGCUCGCAAGUCGCAACAGCCGCAGUAGUGCGUGCGGCGUGGGCGGUGCGGACACUCCCGAUGACUACACCGCGUUAGCCGCUCCUAGACUGAUGGAGUCCAUCGUCUCACAAGGGAAGACUUACCUCGUCACCAUCACUAAGAAGAUCGGCAGCGGUAAUUAUGGACAUGUCUUCAAGGGCUGGAUGGAGCGUGACAACCAGGAAUCUCAGAGAAAAGAAGUUGCAAUCAAGAAGUUAACGCGACAGGAGUCCGAGCGGAAUGGUAGUUUAUAUGAAGAUUUCAAAAACGAACUCGAAAUUAUGAAGUCAUUACAACACAUAAACAUAGUGGAGAUACUUGGUUAUUCUUGGGAUCACGGAUCCGAUGUACUCAUAGUGAUGGAAUAUUUGGAGGAAGGCUCUCUCAAUUACUAUCUUAAGUUCCAAGGCGAUAAACUACGGAUAUCGCAUUUGAUUAAAUACGCUAAAGACAUAGCUACGGGUAUGGAUCACGUAUCGGCUAAAAACGUAGUACAUCGGGAUUUGGCUACAAGAAACAUCUUGGUGGUGAAUAAGUAUCACGUGAAAAUAUCCGACUUUGGUCUUGCGAGGAUCAUUCCCAAAGAGGAGAGCGCGUACCGUAUAAAGACUGAGAGAUUAUUGCCGAUUAAUUGGUACGCUCCCGAGUCUGCAGUGAAGCCGUACCACUUUUCGACGAUGAGCGACGUUUGGUCUUUUGGCGUGACGGCGUGGGAGAUAUUCACGCGCGCAAGACACGAGGUGCCGAAGUUCGACGUGGAAAGGCCCCGCGACAGGGCUUCCUGUUUUCAAAUACCUGAAGGCUGUCCGUCGGAAAUCUUCAGGCACCUAAUGAAAGACUGUUGGUCCCUCGACCCCAACGUGCGACCGAAAUUCAUCGACCUCGUGCACAUGUGUAAGAGAUUUAUGGACGAAUACAAAUGAACUAGCUUGCACUGUAUUGCAUUGCAAUAAGACUGGAUUUCCUUUGACGUAAGCUGCUGCUGCUGAGACGGAAAAGUCACAUCUCGACUAUACAAAUGCCAUUGAUCUUGAGUUUUUAGAUGUAAAUUUGUUGAAGAGUGCAUUCUAUUUUGCAGAAUGGUCGAUAUAUUUGUCAAUUGAGGUAUAUUUUUGGAUAUGCUAGGUGAACUAUGUAUAUUGAAUUCACAGUAAUUGAUUCAGUACAAAAAGUCCGAUAGUUUGUAAGCUAUUUUCUCGGUAACAUUGGGUUGCCAUCUGAAAAUAACGAACAUUUGUUGAGUUCAAAUACAUUUUAGUUUUACAUCUUACGGUAAUGAUGUAUGGUACGAACGCAUAAACAAAGUCAAAGUCAAAUAUAUCUUUAAACAAAUAGGCCCAUAGAUGUCACUUGACUUUAAACUACGACAAAAUUCACAACACGUUUUGAGUAAUAUUGCCAUUCCAUAAUAUUUUAUAUCAAAGAUUAUUUUUUAGAAAAAUUAUAAACAUCUAUCUAUAUGACGCCACUCACGCCAAUACACGACGCUGUUGAAAGUAACCAGUAUGGCGUGUACCAGGUGGAUUUACUGCUGUUUACAAAUUGUUGUACUGGCGUUAGUUAUGCAAUGUGCGUUAGUUAAGUCCAGGUGGAUUUACACCAUUUAUGGUUGGUGUUAGAGAACGUGUUUCGCACGCAUAAUUCCCAAUUUUGGAUACCGGAUCGGAUAAGUUUGUAGAACUAAAUGUAUUGAAAACAUUUUAUAAUUUCAUAAGUAGCGUGACUUUAUAUUUAAGAGUUAAUGACUAAUAGCAAAGUUAUACAAAAGUGCUGUGAACAUACCAUAAACCCCCGUAGUUAUUGUUGGCAUUACAUAAAAAAAACAGCCAUUAAACAUAAAAAAUACAGUCUAUACUCUUAACAUAAAUGUUAUUUAAUGGCACUGGCAUAUAUGCAAAUUGCCAUUGCCCCAAGUGACGUCACGCAUGUUUAGCCAGAUAUGGGGUAAUUUAUAUUUUGACAAAUAAAAGGCGUGUCUGUGGCAUAAUUGUGUUUGUGUUUGUACGUGUUAUGUGGUUCCUUCACGCAUUUGCCUUAGUAUGCUUUACUUAUUUGUAAAUAUUUGAUCUUAAUAUAUAAGUGCAAUCGAACAAUGCAACAGAUGUAAUUCUGUUGAAGUAAUACCUCUAUGCAAUUAUAAUUAGAUCACAUUAGGUUAAUAUGUAAGUAAUUAUUUUAUAGACAGUUUAUAUAAUUAAUUGAUGAACGACAAACAAAUUAUGUAAUUUUAUUUUCUACAACAACAGAUAUAUACUUGCCCAGUAGAAUGUUAUUUUAUUGGUGCUAAUUUAGUUGUAUACAAUUUAUGUAUAAACUUAACAAAAAGAAGAUAAAUAAAGUCCUCUGUCCCGGUAACAAAAACCUUUUAACCACAAUAUCUGAUACUUAAAUUUUAAAAAAUCAGUUUUCGAUUGAUUGGCUAACUCUACCUAUCAAGUUCUUCAAACUUUGAGGCUUAGAGAAAAAAGGUUGAUACACCCAGAAAGUCUGUCUCACUUUUCAUUGAAAAUUAGAAAAAUAUCUAUCUAUGAUAAUUCAUGGGAGAAUGUUUGUAGUACUCUUCGACCUGUAAUCUAUUUUUGUUAAAUUUCUUAUAAUUUCUUACAACUGAAUUACCAUCAAUAUGACUAUAUUGAGUCAAUUUUAGUGUAGUUAUUUUAAUAUGAGAUAUAAAAAUUAAACGAGUUCUGUCCGAUACCAUUCUUAAAGUUAUUUAUUGUUUUGAUAUACACUUGCAAUAUCUCGUGUAAACUGGUAAUUAACUAAACGAUACUCAUGUUAACAUUUAAUUUAAUAUUACCUGUUGUGCGUCAAUUGGAAUAAGAUAAAAUUAACAAUUAAGAAAAUAGUAAAGAUCAAACUUGGUGUCCUUAUGAGACGGUAUGGCUGCUUUACUAAAAUAUAGCUUUCUCUAAAUUACCUAAUCUUAUUAACCAUAUUUUUGAAUUUUGCUCGUUUUUUUACCAUUUUAAAAAUUGUGGUCCUAAUUUUGGAAAUGCAAUGUAAUAUAUUUUUUAAUCUUGUUUUAUGAUUUUUUAGUUUUGUUUUUCGUGCAGGUAGAAAUUAAGGCCAUAGUAUUAUACUUUUAAGUUGAAGAAUAAGUCUGCCAUAAUUAGCUUUCGAACCAAUUAAAUAUUAUAAUAAUCGGUUCGAGAUAUUUUAACUUUUUAAAAGCAUUUAUUCAAUCACUUUGAUUUAACAAAGCAUAAAGCUCUGACACUAUACAAAUGACACUAGAACUUCUUUAUCGUAUCAUUUGUCUUGGUGUUUUUAACUGUUGGCUGUUUCUGCACUGCAUAUAUCGAAAAUAUUUUAGUAUAACUUUAUCGAUAUAGUGAUAAAUUUUUUACCAUUGAAUGCUGAAAACUUAUUGGCCAAGUCACUGAUAAAAAAGAACCAAGUAAGCGACAAAUGCAAUGAAAUAUUAUAUAUAUACCUAGAAUAUCAUUGGGUGGUUGGUUAUCAAAUAACUUUAAGAAUGGUCGCGGGCAUUAUUUUCGAUUUUACCAAAGAUGAUAUUAAAUUAUCUUUUAAUAUUGUUAUAUGGAAAUACAAUUCUAUUAUGUAGGAUUAAUUUUAAUAUAAUUAUUAUUGUAUAAUAAGUUUUUAUGUCUACUGUAAGAUUGCAAUUUGCUGUUUAAGAAGUUAAUUAUAUGAAUGUUAGAUGUUUUUGGAUAUUUUUAAGGUAACUAUAGAUAUGUCUAUGCUGUACCCAAUUGUUGAUCAAUACACAGAGAGCGACACAUUAAAAAAAAACUGUUAUUAUAGUUUUUUUUUAAUGUGUCUAUGGUAAAAACUCCUUACAAAUACUUCUUAAUAUGACAAUAUCUGCUAAUUCAGUUGCAGGAAUAAAACCAAGUCUUACGAAAGUAGCGUUUGUUCCAUGUCUUUUCAUGUUAAUCUCAUCCUUUCCUAGUUUGGGAACGUUUUUAAGUUCCAAAAAUGAGUGCUAUUUUAUAAAUAUACUUGAACAAUCCGUCCUUUAUAAUAAAACAACAGUAUCAGUUGACACAAUAAUUAGGGUAUUUUUUUUACAGGCCGUAAAAUAGAAAACCACUUAACUUAACUAUUUAGAGCAACACAUUAUGAACAUUUUUAGUGACCUUUACACAUUUCACAUGGAUCUGUUUCCAUCUGAAAUGUGAAAUGGUCAUUUAAAUAUCAUGUACCAAGUUGUUGACAAAAAUCAUACUGUUGGUUAAGAUCUUUAUCAAUCAAAAAGAAUUGGAAAUAAUAACAGAAAAAUAUUUUCUUAAAUACGAUAAAUUAUUUUUGAGUUUUACACAGACUUUGCGUAUGACGUGGACAUAUUUAUAGAACCAAGUGACGCGCUGUAUAAUUUGGCAAGUUGUUGAUGAUAAUAUACGUACUGUAAUGUUUGUUUACAUAUUUUAGCAUUAGAUACUAAAAUAUUUGGGAAAGAAAAACGAGAUAUGUCCGUAUUGUGAUUAUAAAGAGAGACUGAUGUUUGAUUAAAUCGGUGCUAAGAGUUAGGAAUUCGCUUUAUAUUCAGUAGUCAGACUUUAAUACAAAAACCUUAUUGGUUUUCGAGUAUCCAAUUAUUAUAACGCCAUUGUAAAAUGUGUGUUGAAACGUCUAAUUCGUUAAGAAUUCAGCAAAUAACGCUCUCAGCUAUUUUUUUUUUCAAAAUAAUCCACUAGUACAGAAAUGUUGGUUAAAGCAAGAGUCGUCUAAAGUGAAAUGAACCUGAGGUUCUUUGUUUUACAGCUUAAAUUCUUCCAUACAUCAACAAAUAGUGUGAAAAAAAAUUGUUUUAAAAUUAAGAUAAUAAUAUUGAGUAGUGAUUCUUUAAGAAUUCAACACUUUAGUUAAUAGUUAUGAAAAAUAUUGUUUACAUAAAGAAGACAAGUAAGAAUAAAUGGACCAUUGUAUUAGGUUUAUUUCACUGUUUAUUUAGAUACUCGAAAACCAUCGAAGCUAACGAGAAGUAGUAUCUUGUGCUAAGGUCUACGAUUUACGUAAAUUGACUACGAACCCGAUCAUCGCACUUAUUGGCACAUGCUGUUGCGUUACUGGCUUUAAUGCACAGUUUUAACACUAUCAAUUUAAAUUCGGCCAAUAACUGACGAAUGACGAUCGUAAGGCUCAGCGCAGACCGAGCGUCAAACUCCAUUCCCAUCCUCGAACAGAUUUUCUACAGAUAACAACCAACACAUUUUGGUGCUUAUUGGGUUGUAGACAAAUCUCUAAAGAUAAAUAAAUUGAUAGGACUAUAAGUAGUGCUUUCUUUUCAGAAUCGCUGACGUAGAAAAGUAUAGCACUGUUUUGAGACUCGCCUAUUUAGUUCAUUUAGAGAUUUGUGUACAUAAUUGACACAAUUAAUCGUCCGAUACAAUUUAUACUACAACAGCUUUUGCGUCAUAAAACGCAAAAAUUGCGUUGUGGUUCGGGUGUCGUAUUCUCUCCUCUCUCAUUCUCUUACUCUUACUCUCUCUCAGGAGUCUGCUUUGGAUUUUAGUGAACGGAGAAUGAAUGACGUACAUAUGUCAACCGCAUUGUGCUACACUAAAAUAACUGUAUUAUAAAGUGCGGUUUUUACUGUGAUCUUAUCUGAGGGCAUGUGACGAUAGCGAAUGUAAACUACGCUGAAGCUGUGUACGUAUCGCUUCGGAGAACUCAAUAGCUUCAUCUUUAAUUAGUUUCUGUCUUAUAUACUAAUAGCUCUAAUUGAACUCUAUUUGAAUUGGACAAAGAUGACUACUAGUAACGCUCUAUCCCUCUCUUAUAUAGCGGGGUCUUGAGCUCUGCAGUGGAACAUUAAGUAAGCAUUAAGUGUGUGUAGAAAAAGAGCUCUCGCAGGCUAUAGCACUUGGUCAUUCGGUCUGCGUUGAUCAUUAAACGUCCAUAAAUAUUAAGUUGUUAAUCUAGGAUUCGAUUGCUUUUGCAUCACUAUCUAAGCUCGGUCUGUAAGAGCUUAUAAAUGUUUGAAUACUGCACAGUUUGUGUUUUUGUUUUACAUUUUAUUAACCUUUUUGAAAGUUUUGACUCCUAUUCACUAUUUUUAGGCAUUGGAUACGUCCACAACCUCCUCUAGAAAUGAGGCUAAAAUCGUUAAAAGAAUCUAUUUUCUAAUCGUUGACUAUUACACAUAGCUUUUAUUGUAUGCCAUAUUGCCUUACGUAUUGUAUAAGACAGGAUACUGCUUAGGCUACUGAUACAAGGUGCUUCAAACGCAGAUAGAAAAAUAACUUUCGUUUAUCUAAAGUAUGUCUACUUGGGUGUAUAUAUGUGAGUAUAUACUAUGAACUUGAACAGCCUUGUCCAGUGAAAUUAAUGCGCACACCGAUGGACACUCGGGUGGGUGGCAAUUAUAUCAUAGUAUAAUAUUGAAUGCACACUGGAGUUGGCAAAUAGAAGCAUUUUAUCUGC